AUGGUCCUGGCCGUGUUUGCCCUCUCGGCAGCUUUGUUGGCGGUGACAGCAUGUGCUGAGAAGCUUCAAGUCUUUGGUCAUGCGCUCAACACGGGGCAGACCAUUCCACCACGGUGCGUGCAGGCUGAUGAGACGAGUCAUCUCCUCUGGGUGGAUUGGGCUUUGAAGCCGCCAGGACCGGCGGCGCAUGUAGUUGAGGUGAAAGUCGCCUGGCACACGACACUGCCUGUUGAUCCCGAGGAUCAGGCUGUCUUCGUCGCCCAGCUUCGAAGAAACGGUAGCACCUUCUCCCUGAAGGACCUUCAGCGUGUGAAGCUGUUCGAGGUUGAUGUCAUGAUUGAGGAGCAAGAAGAACAACCAGCUGCUCGAGUGCUUUGGGGUGAGCUAAACCUUGUCCUUGAUGUCGACGGCGGGGACGUGCUCGGCCUGUUGGAUUCCUGCGAAGGCACCAGCCCCCUUUCGGCACCGUGGGCACAUGCAGGCGAAGAAGAGAUGCAGCACUGGGCCUUGGCAUUCACCGUGGGCAGCGACCUCGUUCCCGGCACUGAGGUUGCUUUAAGCUCGGGAGCUCCGGCAAUGCCUCCUGCAUGGGCAUUCAGAUUUCGCAGUCUUGACCCAGCAGGUGCCACAGACCAGGGACGGUCAGGUUCAGCGUUGCAGCUGUUGGCGCGGGUUUUGGAGGAGGCGAAAUGCUCCAACGAAGACAGCCUUCUGAAGAAUCUUCGGAGUUUAUCAGGAUGUUCCUGGGUGCAUGAGUACCCCAUCUACAUCCUCCAUACCGGGCACAUGGAGCGUGCGACGGAGCAGGAACUGCUGAUGUGGAUGGAUGUCGUUCGAACAGCUGCCUCCCCUAGCUUGGACCUUCGCUUCAUCGACGUGUCAGACGACUUUCAAACGGUGAAGCUUGGAGAUGGGCAGGUCCGUCUAGACCGACUUGAUCUGAUGUGGAUGGAUGCGACACGUUCAGAUUCGCCUCGGAUACGGAAAGAAAAGCCACGCCGGCACGAGGCAGGGUACCGACACAUGUGUCGGUUUCAAAGCUCGAAUGUUCUGGAACUGCCAGCUUUUCAGCGAAUGCGUUACCUGCUGCACUUAGACUCGGAUGCCACCUUUCAGUGUGAAGGAUCCAGAAGUGUGGACCCCUUCAAGGAGAUGAUCAAAUACAGAUCUGUGUACGGGCUCUUUGAGGUUGGACUGGAGGAUCCGGCACACACGCAGGGGUGGUCGAGCUUUGUCAAGGAGUGGGUUCUCCUCAACGACUUGCAGCUUCCGAACCCACCGGCUUUGCUGUCAACAGCUGGAAUCUACGUCACUCUUCCCGUCCAAGUCGACGGCCUCGAGCAGAUGCAAAAAGUACCUCUCGCCUCGCUCUCGCUUACCUGGGGCACCGCCUGGGAGGUCCUCGACCUCGACUUCUUCCAUCGACCAGAUGUGCUAGAGUUCAGCCGUCGUGUCGAGGCUACGCUUGGGCACUACAGGCAUCUCUGGGGUGACCAUCUCAUUCGCGCUUAUCAGGUGCUUCUCCACGCGUCGCUCGAGCAAGUACGCUGCUUUGAUACCAACGAGCUACAUGGCAGUCAUGGCUGUUCUUCGGAUGGGAUGUUCGAUGCGGAGGAGGUCAAGAGGGGCGAGGACAAGGGCUGGGAGAAUAUCUACCAGGUAGAGGAGGACAUUUCAUGCCCAGACCUUUGGCUGGAGAACGGAUUGCGAGGUGUUCCUUGGCAGGGUGGUCCUGGAAGCGGGACUUCGCCGAAGGAUUGUCUGCAGCUGUGCAAUGGAGAAGGCCUGUGUCAGGGCUUCGAUUUUGUCUACUACUCGUCGACUCAGACUGCUGACUGCGUGCUCAGACACGAGCGCGCGACGAGCAAGGUUUGUCAAACCGGCGGCGUUGCGGGUGCCGCCAUGGAAGCUUGGAGCCAGAUCGGACUUGACAGUUCUCUUGUUACGCAGGUUGGAGCGGCAAACCGCUACCAGAUCAUAGAAAGGACCGCUCAGAGGCAGAUGGACUGCAGCGCUUGGCGUGAGGCAAGUGUGGAGAUCGUGAGGAUCUGCCGUGAGCUGAAAAACAAGGACUUGGCUGCAGAGCGGAUGACUCCAUGGAUCCUGGAUUUGCAGCUGUCUGCCAGACAUGCUCAGGCCAGCCAGUCCAUCAACGCACUGCAAGACGAGAAGACCCGGCUUCUACUGGAGGUGGAGGAAGCGGAAGAUGAGGCCCGGCAGUGGCAGCGCAUGGCAGUGGUGCUCCUGCAGAGAGUGGCCGCAGGUGGAGCUGCCACCCGCACCCGAACUGCGUUCCCUGCCAGGCGCAUCACAAGUCUGCAGCCACCACUUGUGGUGGAGGUUCCGGAUGAGGUACAAGAAGUCAGCGCGCAAAUGCUGAACACAAGGAUUCUUCGACAGGAGCUUGCCUUCUCGCAGGCACGGCUACAGCAGGAAGAGGCCGAAGUGGAGCAGCUGGUUGCCGACUUAGAAGAUCUGCGCAUGAAGGAGCUCUCCGCAGAAGCCACCGUCCAACACCGCGAGUGGCAUUCUGCGACAGUGCAGAGUCUUCGACAAAGCAUUGCAAAGCAAGCCCAGGCCAUCGCCAUGUACAAGGACCGGGCUCGCAGAGCAGAGCUCCAUCUGGAUCGACUUCGCGACGAGAUUCUGCAGCUUCGACAGGAAGAAGCCAAAGCUGCAACGGAAGAAUGCCGGACGAUGUCCCGUCGCACCAUCUUGGAGAACGAUCGACAGUCCGAGCUUCGCAGCGUGACGCUGGCUUUGUGCGAAGAACUUGCGAGCUCGAACCAUGCUGCAGAGAGUGUGCUCGAGGAGCAGCUGAACUCGUCUCAUGUAGCACAGCGUCGCGUGAGCCAGGGGUCGCGGCUGCGGCUUCUGCUCGGUGAGAAUGCACCGAGCAGUCAAUGA